GUCGCAGAGCCGCCCGGCCCUAGCUCGGACCCCCGCCCCCAUCUUCGUCCGCCUCCCUCUGUGUCAGUGGCCUGUGCCCGCGUCGGACCUUGGGCGGAGGGCUGGACCUGCGGCGGCGAGACCGGUUGGCGGGGCUAAAAGGUGUGGGCGCGCGCAGAGCUCCGCAGGCCGCGUACGCUCGGCUCUCCUGCCGCUGCCCAAGGUCCUUGGCGUCCUCCGAUGAGAGGCCGGACGGAUCCGGGCCGCUCCGGCGCUCGCCCAGGUUUGUUAAGAUGAAACACUUCAGAUGGGCUUUCUGAAGAUAAGGAGAAGGGAAAACAACAUUGAAGACGCUGGGAAUAAAAAUGGACCUUUAGAUGCUGCCCUGGAAAAACUUUAGUAAUGGAUCAAAGGAAGAACGAGAGUAUUGUUCCUAGUAUCACACAAUUAGAAGAUUUUCUUACAGAACACAAUUCCAAUGUUGUGUGGCUCCUCGUUGCUACCAUUUUAUCCUGUGGUUGGAUUAUUUAUCUCACAUAUUAUAAUUCUCGGAAUGUUGGUCUUAUUUUAACAUUGGUUCUCAACAGAUUAUACAAACAUGGCUAUAUCCAUAUUGGCUCCUUCUCUUUCUCUGUUCUUUCUGGAAAAGUCAUGGUUCGUGAAAUCUAUUACAUUACAGAAGACAUGUCUAUUAGAAUUCAAGAUGGAUUUAUAAUUUUUCGGUGGUGGAAAAUGUAUAACCCAAAGCAGAAGCAGCAUGAUCCAAAGGCAGAAACCAGGUUAUAUAUCACAGUCAAUGACUUUGAAUUUCAUGUCUACAAUCGUUCGGAUCUUUAUGGACGUCUUCAAGAAUUAUUUGGUUUGGAGCCAACAAUAAUCCCACCCAAGAAAGAAGAUGAUAAAACACGGGAAAAUGGAAGAACAAGAACCCAGUCCAAAAUUGAAAGAGUUAAAGUAAAAACAGAAUCUCAGGACCCCACAUCUUCAUGGAGAUCACUUAUUCCAGUCAUAAAGGUCAAUGUGAGCACAGGUCGCCUGGCCUUUGGAAAUCAUUACCAACCUCAGACUCUGUGUAUCAACUUUGAUGAUGCUUUCUUAACUUAUACUACAAAACCACCUUCCAGUCAUCUUGACCAAUUCAUGCAUAUUGUGAAAGGAAAGCUUGAAAAUGUUCGAGUCAUGCUUGUUCCUAGUCCAAGAUAUGUUGGUCUUCAAAAUGAUGAACCACCGAGAUUAAUGGGAGAAGGCUUUGUGGUGCUGCAGUCAAAUGAUGUUGAUAUCUACUACUACAUGGAUGAGCCAGGACUUGUUCCAGAAGAAACAGAGGAUAACAUUGAAGGAGAAAUGAGCAGUGAGGAUUGCAAAUUACAAGAUUUGCCUCCAUGUUGGGGACUGGAUAUAGUUUGUGGUAAAGGAACAGAUUUCAACUAUGGGCCAUGGGCUGAUAGGCAAAGAGAUUGUUUAUGGAAGUUUUUCUUCCCACCUGAUUAUCAAGUUCUGAAAGUUUCUGAUAUUGCACAGCCAGGGAGACCAAGACAGAUCCUUGCCUUUGAACUACGAAUGAAUAUUAUUGCAGAUGCUACAAUCGACUUGCUGUUUACCAAAAAUAGGGAAACAAACGCUGUACAUGUCAAUGUUGGAGCUGGCUCCUAUUUGGAAAUCAAUAUUCCCAUGACAGUCGAGGAAAAUGGUUACACCCCUGCAAUUAAAGGACAACUCUUACAUGUUGAUGCUACUACCAGUAUGCAGUACCGGACCCUUUUAGAAGCAGAAAUGUUAGCAUUCCACAUCAUUGCCAGCUACCCCCGAGUAUGGAACAUGCCCCAGACAUGGCAGUGUGAAUUAGAGGUGUAUAAAGCCACCUACCACUUCAUCUUUGCACAGAAGAACUUCUUCACAGAUUUAAUUCAAGACUGGUCUAGUGAUAAUGCUCCAGACAUUUUUUCAUUUGUUCCAUAUACAUGGAAUUUUAAAAUCAUGUUUCAUCAAUUUGAAAUGAUUUGGGCUGCUAAUCAACACAAUUGGAUUGACUGUUCGACUAAACAACAGGAAAAUGUAUACCUGGCAGCCUGUGGGGAAACACUGAAUAUUGAUUUCUCUUUGCCGUUUACGGACUUUGUUCCAGCUACAUGCAAUACCAAGUUCUCCCUCAGAGGAGAAGAUGUUGACCUUCAUCUGUUUCUACCAGAUUGCCACCCUAGUAAAUAUUCAUUAUUCAUGCUGGUAAAGAAUUGCCACCCAAAUAAAAUGACUCAUGACACUGGUCUUCCUGUUGAGUGUCAGAGCAGCCAGAAAACAGUUAAACCCAAAUGGCGGAACCUUACUCAAGAAAAGGCUGGUUGGGUUGAAUGCUGGACCGUCCCAAGUGUCAUGCUUACAAUCAAUUAUAUAUGGCAUCCAAUUUACCCACAGAAAGCAGAUGAGCAGCUAAAACAAUCAUUGUCAGAAAUGGAAGAAACAAUGCUGUCUGUAUUGAGGCCAUCCCAGAAGACAUCAGACCGAGUUGUUUCUUCUCCCUCUACUUCUUCCCGUCCACCUGUCGACCCCUCUGAACUUCCACCUGAUAAACUGCAUGUAGAGAUGGAACUUUCCCCGGACUCUCAGAUAACUCUCUAUGGACCACUAUUAAAUGCCUUUUUUUGUAUAAAGGAAAACUACUUUGGGGAAGAUGACAUGUACAUGGAUUUUGAAGAGGUUAUUUCAAGUCCAGUUCUGUCCCUGUCAACAUCAUCCAGCUCCGGGUGGACUGCAGUCGGAAUGGAAGGUGAUAGAAAGGAAAACGAAAGUUCAGCCAAGUCAAUUCAUCCAUUGUCCUUGCGUCCAUGGGAUAUUACUGUGCUUGUGAAUUUGUACAAAGUUCAUGGGCGUCUGCCUGUUCACGGAACUGCUGAUGGUCCUGAGUGUCCCACAGCUUUCUUGGAAAGACUAUGUUUUGAAAUGAAAAAAGGAUUCAGGGAGACCAUGCUGCAGCUUGUCCUGUCACCCCUGAGUGUGUUCGUCAGUGACAACCACCAGCAGCGACCCCCUGUGGAUGAUGCACUCAGGGAAGGUCACAUCAAUCUGUCAGGUCUCCAGCUAAGAGCACAUGCUAUGUUCUCAGCAGAAGGUCUUCCCUUGGGAAGUGAUUCCCUAGAAUACGCGUGGCUAAUUGAUGUGCAGGCUGGAAGCCUCACAGCUAAGGUCACAGCACCUCAGCUGGCUAGUCUCUUGGAGUGGGGGCAGACAUUUGUUUUUCACGUGGUGUGUCGGGAGUAUGAACUGGAAAGACCCAAGUCAGUAAUAACAUGUCAGCAUGGACUCGAUCGUCGGUUCUGCGAAUCCAAGUUGAGUUGUAUUCCUGGGCCCUGUCCAGCUUCAGAUGAUUUGAAAUAUACCAUGACUCGUUUAGCAGUAGAUGGAGCUGAUAUUUAUAUUGUGGAGCAUGGCUGUGCUACAAAUAUAAAGAUGGGGGCAAUCCGGGUUGCAAACUGUAAUCUCCACAACCAGUCGGUUGGGGAAGGAAUAAGCGCAGCGAUUCAGGACUUCCAAGUGAGACAGUACAUUGAACAGCUGAAUAAUCCCAGAGCUGGGCUCCAGCCUGCGAUACUGCGGAGGGCCUACUGGCUGGAAGCUGGCUCGGCCACCUUAGGACUGAUCACUGUUGACGUUGCACUGGCGGCUGAUCAUCAUGCUAAACAUGAGGCACAGAGACAUUUCCUAGAAACUCAUGAUGCCAGAACUAAGAGGCUAUGGUUUUUGUGGCCCGACGACAACCUGAGGAGUAAGAGGUGCAGGCACAAGUGUGGCUGUCUUGGUGGCUGCAGAUUCUUUGGUGGCACAGUGACUGGCCUGGAUUUCUUCAAGCUUGAAGAGUUGACACCGUCCAGUAGCUCUGCAUUUUCAAGCACGAGUGCAGAGUCUGACAUGUACUAUGGGCAGUCUCUGCUGCAGCCUGGGGAGUGGAUUAUUACUAAGGAAAUUCCCAAAAUGGCAGAUGGUAAUGCCAACGGCAUGAAGAGGAAAGAAUGGGAGAACAAGGCAGGGGGAACGGAAGCCGAAAGGAAGACUCAGCACCUGAGCCUGCAGGUCCCCAUGCGCUGUCACAGCUCGUCGUCUUCCUCAGACGACAACAGCAGCUCCAGUGCAGCCCAGCCUUUACUGGCCCCAGACAAGGAAAGCCCCUCUUCUGUGGCUGAUGACCCUGUGCUUCAGAAGGAAUUCCUGCAUGGAACAAAAAGAGAGGACGGCCCAGUGAGUAUUCCUACAGAAGUGUCAGGAAACAGCCCUGCGUCUCCUAAUACUCAGGAUAAGUCAGUAGGUCAGUCCCCUCUGCGGUCUCCCUUGAAACGACAAGCCUCUGUAUGUUCCACCCGACUUGGAAGUACCAAGAGCCUGACUGCAGCUUUUUAUGGGGACAAGCAACCGGUCACAGUUGGAGUCCAGUUUAGUAGUGAUGUCUCCCGAAGUGAUGAAAAUGUACUGGACUCACCAAAGCAGAGAAGAAGUUUUGGUUCCUUUCCGUAUACACCAUCAGCAGACUCUAAUUCAUUCCAUCAAUAUCGAUCAAUGGAUUCCAGCAUGUCAAUGGCUGACAGCGAAGCCUACUUUUCUGCUGCUGAAGAAUUUGAACCCAUUAGCAGUGAUGAAGGCCCUGGGACCUAUCCAGGUAGGAAGAAGAAGAAAAAGCAGACCCAGCAGAUUGACUUCAGUAGGGGUUCCAUAUAUCACAGUGUCGAGGGACCACUCACUGGCCACGGAGAAAGCAUUCAGGAUCCCCGAACUCUGCCAUUCAAAACUCACCCUUCCCAGGCCUCAUUCGUUUCUGCACUAGGUGGAGAAGAUGAUGUUAUAGAACAUCUGUAUAUUGUAGAGGGUGAGAAAACAGUAGAGAGCGAGCAGACCACUUCUCAGCAACCGGCGAUGAGCUGUUAUCAGACUUAUCUUACUCAGUUCCAGGUGAUUAAUUGGUCAGUGAAGCACCCAACCCACAAAAGGACCUCCAAGUCCUCCCUGCAUCGUCCUCUUGAUCUGGAUACACCAACCAGUGAAGAAAGUUCAUCAUCGUGUGAACAGCUCUCUGUUCCAAAUUUUAAGGUUAUCAAACAGGGGCUCACAGCUAAUUCUUUACUAGACAGAGGAGUGCAACUUUCAGGAUCAACUUCAAAAACACCAUAUACUCCUCUGGAAAAGAGAGCUGUUGAUAACACAGAUGAGGAAACAUUAACGGAAGAGUGGACCCUGGAUCAGCCUGUCUCUCAGACCAGGACAACAGCCAUAGUUGAGGUCAAAGGAACUGUUGACAUUGUUCUCACUCCCCUGGUGGCUGAAGCUUUAGACAGAUAUAUUGAAGCAAUGGUUCAUUAUGCUCACACCCGACACCCAGCUGCAAUUGUGGAUGACCUUCACGCCAAAGUCCUCAGGGAAGCUGUGCAAAAUAGCAAGACUACCUUCUCAGAAAAUUUAUCUUCCAAACAAGAUGUUAGAGGAACAAAAACUGAGCACCCUACCAUAGGAACAACUAACCAAGGACAAGCACAGACAAAUCUUAUCAUGAAGCAAGAUAAUGUGACAAUUAAAGGUCUUCAGGCUAAUGUCAGCAUACCAAAGGUAAACUUGUGUUUGUUACAAGCCUCAGUGGAAGAAUCUCCAAGUACAGCUCCCAGUAGAAGUGUGACUCACGUGUCCCUGGUCGCAUUGUGUUUCGACAGAAUUGUAACACAAGUUCGUAUGAAUCGAGGUGUGGUUGAAGAGACUUCAAACAGCUCAGAACCCGGUAGAACAUCACAGUUUGAUAGAUAUGUCCAUGCCUCUAAAAUGCAGCCUCAGUCAUCUGGAUCUCUCAGAUCAAACGCUGGAGCGGAAAAAGGCAAAGAAAUUGCCGCCAAGUUAAACAUUCAUCGAGUUCAUGGGCAGCUCAGGGGUCUUGAUACAACAGAUAUCGGUACCUGUGCCAUCACGGCUAUACCCUUUGAGAAGUCCAAAGUCUUGUUUACUCUUGAAGAGCUGGAUGAGUUUACUUUUGUGGAUGAGACUGACCAGCAAGCUGUUCCAGAUAUAACUCGAAUGGGCCCCAGCCAAGAAAAAUGGGGUUGGAUAAUGUUUGAAUGUGGGCUUGAAAAUUUAACUAUAAAAGGAGGAAGACAGUCCGGCGCUGUUUUGUAUAAUACUUUUGGAACCAUGGGCAAAGCUAGUGUCACAGAAGGGGGUGGAGUGACCUCUAAUAAUUCUUCUGAUUCUCCAACCGGCAGUGGCUAUAACACCGAUGUCUCUGAUGAUAAUCUUCCUUGUGACCGAACAAGCCCUUCUUCAGACUUAAAUGGAAAUUCUGUAUCUGAUGAGCAGGAUGAAGGAGUCGAAUCUGAUGAUUUAAAGAAAGACGUGCCUCUCAUGCCGCCCCCACCCGAUUCCUGCAGCAUGAAGCUGACCAUCCAGGAGAUCUGGUUUAGUUUCGCAGCUCCCACCAAUGUGAGGUCUCCCACUCAUGCAUUUUCUAGGCAGCUGAACCUCUUAAGCACUGCGACCCCAGCUGUGGGUGCGUGGCUUGUUCCCAUUGACCAGCUCAAGUCGUCCUUGAACAAAUUGGACACAGAGGGAACGCUGAGACUCUGUGCUGUUAUGGGAUGCAUCAUGACCGAAGCGCUAGAGAAUAAAAGUAUGCAUUUCCCCCUAAGAAGUAAAUACAACAGACUUACAAAACUGGCUCGCUUUCUCCAAGAAAACCCUUCGUGUUUAUUGUGCAAUAUACUUCACCACUACCUGCACCAGGCAAAUUACUCCAUCAUCGAUGAUGCUACAAUGGGUGAUGGACUUCCUGCCUUGGUAACCCUAAAGAAAGGGUUAGUUGCCCUGGCAAGGCAGUGGAUGAAGUUCAUUGUGGUGACACCAGCCUUUAAAGGAGUUAGCUUACAUCGGCCAGCUCAGCCCCUGAAGCCUCAAGCAGCUGUGGACCAUGAACAUGAAGAUGGCCUUGGGCUGGACAAUGGAGGAGGUCUUCAAAGUGAUACCAGUGCUGAUGGAGCAGAAUUUGAAUUUGAUGCGGCCACAGUCAGCGAGCACACGAUGCUGCUGGAAGGAACAGCCAGCCGGCCUCCCCCUGGAGGCUCCGGGCCUGUGACUGGUGCCGAGAUCAUGAGGAAACUCUCCAAGACUCACACCCACAGUGACUCUGCAUUAAAAAUAAAGGGCAUCCACCCAUAUCACUCCCUGAGCUACACCAGUGGAGACACCGCCACAGAUUCUCCGGUGCAUGUGGGCCGUGCUGGGAUGCCAGUGAAGGAGAGUCCACGGAAGGAGAGCCUGCUCAGCUACCUGACCGGGAGCUUCCCGAGCUUGCACAACCUCCUGGAGGGGACUCCUCAAAGGAGCAGUGCGGCUGUGAAAAGUAACUCCCUGACGAGAACAGGAAAUACAAUGGCCACGGAUAUGUUAUCUGAACACCCCUUGCUAUCUGAGCCAUCAUCUGUGAGUUUCUACAACUGGAUGUCCAAUGCGGUGGGUAAUCGAGGAAGCGUGGUGCAGGAAUCCCCUGUCACAAAGUCAGGACACAACAGUCUUCCGACAGGUGUUGCUCCCAAUCUUCCCACAAUACCCUCAGCCUCAGAUUUCAACACCGUCUUGUCUAGUGACCAGAACACUCUGGAUGGGACCCCUUCUCAGCACAGCACGAGUCAGGAUGAUGUGGCAGGUGUAGAAGAAGCCAACCAAGGCUUUCCUGCAGUUCAGCUGGCUGACGCCCAGGUUGUUUUCAAGCCUCUUCUGAGUCACACAGGGAUCCAGUCCCAGGAUGCAAUGCCGCUAUGCUACCGCAUGUACUUUGGAGAGCACCUUUCAUUUUCGGGAACGCUGGACUGCCUCAGAGCAGAUAUUGUGGACUCGGACACAGCCAAGGAGAGGAGGAGCAAAAGGGCAAGAAGGCAAGGCCAUGUGAAUCUUCCUCCACUUGAGUUCAAACCGGCUUUAAUGUUGGAAACCUUUAGCAUCAGUGCAAUCGUGAUGGAAAAGUCUGUGUGCACCCCUCAGAACUCCACCAGCGCUCUUUCUUUCCAUGAUCUCAACAAGCGUUACUACAACACCUUCCAUUGCAACUUCACCAUUUCCUGUCAGUCCAUAAGCCAGCACGUGGACAUGGCUUUGGUUCGUCUCAUUCAUCAGUUCAGUACAAUGAUAGAUGACAUCAAAGCAACUCAGACUGACAUUAAAUUGAGCAGAUACACAGCUGGAUCAGCUUCGCCAACACCUACCUUUAGAACCAGAAAACAUCGAGAUUUCCGCUCCUCUGACUUCAGCCGCAGUUCCAGAGGAAGUCUUAACGGUGGCACCAGAGUAAAUAAUGCAAAGAACAAACGGACCAACAGUGAGAAUAACAAAAAGGAAUCUCGAAACAAAAACUCAUUAGGAAGAUCUGAGAGAAGAACUUCCAAAGUGUCCAGGAAAGGCUCCAAAGAUGUGGUAGAUCACAUGGCGAUGCCCAUGGAUGACUCAGACUCCAUCACCGUGUCGGAGCAGAGUGAGCCCUCUGCUGAGUGCUGGCAGAACAUGUACAAACUGCUGAACUUCUAUUCCCUCAUCUCUGAUCCAACAGGAAUAUUGGAAAAGUCUUCAGAUGCGUUUGGACCAGCAGACAUUCGGAGCCCGACAGAGCCAACCUGUAAAGUGGUGUUUGAGAACGAACAGGACAAUAACAGUGUGACGAAGACGCAGAGGAAGCGCAGCGUGGUGACAGCAGAACCCCAGCAUGUCACCCUGAUCGUGUUUGGGAUUGGCAUGGUGAACCGCACACACCUGGAGGCGGACAUCGGCGGGCUCACGAUGGAGUCCGAGCUGAAGAGGAUCCAUGGCAGCUUCACGCUGAAGGAGAAGAUGAAAGAUGUUUUACAUCAAAAGAUGACUGAGACAUGUGCCACUGCGCAUAUUGGUGGGGUUAAUAUUGUGCUGCUUGAAGGGAUCACACCAAAUAUACAACUGGAGGAUUUUCCUACAUCUCCUACAAGCACAGCCAAACAAGAGUUUCUAACCGUAGUGAAAUGCAGUAUCGCCAAGUCCCAGGCUCUCUACAGUGCCCAGAGGGGGUUGAAGACAAACAAUGCCGCCGUGUUCAAAGUGGGAGCUAUCAGCAUCAACAUUCCCCAGCACCCUGCCACCUUACACAGCAUGAUGGUUCGGAGUUCUCACCAGCUGUCAAAGCAGAUCUCAGACCUCAUCAGACAACCUUCUACAGUCCCACAGCCUGUAAAAGAAGAUAUUGCAACCCCCCUACCUUCUGAAAAAACGCCAACCAGUGUUAAUCAGACUCCUAUUGAAACAAAUGAAUUUCCUCAGCUGCCGGAAGGCUUGGAAAAGAAGCCCCUCGUCCUGAAGUUCAGCACCAUGUUGGAUGGCAUCGCCAUCGGAGCCGCGCUGCUGCCCUCCCUGCGGGCUGAGUACAAGAUGGGCAGGAUGCGGAGCCACGGGAUGACAGGUGCACAGACCAGGUUUACAUUUGAGCUGCCAAAUCACAGAUUGAGGUUUACUUCAAAAGUUUCUGCCACAGAUAUGUCGACCAUUCCUCCUUCUGCCAGUCUUAACUUGCCUCCUGUUACUAUGUCUGGGAAAUACAUCAUGGAAGAGCAUGAUAGUUAUUCAGAUCAGGUGUGGAGUAUAGACGAAUUGCCUUCCAAACAAGGGUACUAUUUACAGGGAAAUUACCUACGCUGUGUGGCAGAAGUUGGUUCUUUUGAACAUAAUCUCACAACUGAUCUUCUAAACCACUUGGUGUUUGUUCAGAAAGUAUUCAUGAAGGAAGUUAAUGAAGUAAUACAAAAAGUCUCUGGUGGGGAGCAGCCAAUUCCUCUCUGGAAUGAACAUGAUGGGACAGCAGAUGGAGAGAAGCCUAAGAUUCUACUCUAUUCUCUCAACUUGCAGUUUAAGGGUAUUCAAGUCACAGCUACAACUCCAUCAAUGAGAGCUGUGAGAUUUGAAACUGGGUUGAUUGAACUGGAACUUUCAAAUCGACUUCAAACCAAAGCCUUGCCAGGAAGCAGCAGCUACCUGAAACUGUUUGGUAAAUGCCAAGUGGAUUUGAAUCUGGCAUUAGGACAAAUUGUCAAACAUCAGGUUUAUGAGGAAGCUGGUUCUGAUUUUCAUCAAGUUGCCUAUUUUAAAACCAGAAUUGGAUUAAGAAAUGCUCUCCGAGAAGAAAUCAGUGGUUCUUCAGAUAGGGAAGCUGUGCUUAUUACCUUGAAUAGACCUAUCGUGUAUGCGCAGCCAGUGGCCUUUGACAGAGCUGUGCUAUUUUGGCUGAACUAUAAGGCUGCCUAUGACAACUGGAACGAACAGCGAAUGGCUUUACAUAAGGACAUUCACAUGGCUACAAAGGAAGUAGUAGAUAUGCUCCCCGGAAUCCAGCAAACCUCUGCCCAGGCCUUUGGGACGCUCUUCCUGCAGCUCACUGUGAAUGAUCUGGGGAUAUGUCUGCCUAUCACAAGUACUGCACAGUCCAAUCAUAGUGGAGACCUGGACACAGGCUCUGCCUUGGUACUGACCAUUGAAAGCACUCUCAUCACUGCUUGCUCUUCCGAGUCUCUGGUUAGUAAAGGGCACUUCAAAAACUUCUGCAUUCGUUUUGCUGAUGGCUUUGAGACGUCAUGGGAUGACUGGAAGCCAGAAAUCCGUGGGGAUCUAGUGAUGAAUGCCUGUGUGGUUCCCGAUGGCACCUAUGAAGUAUGUUCCCGGACUACAGGCCAGGCAGCCGCUGAGAGCAGUAGUGCAGGGACCUGGACACUGAACGUGCUGUGGAAAAUGUGUGGCAUUGAUGUGCACAUGGACCCGAACAUCGGCAAAAGGCUGAACGCUCUGGGCAACACCCUGACCACACUGACUGGGGAGGAGGUCAUAGACGACAUGGCUGAUCUGAACUCCAUGAACAUCGGUGACCUGUCCGACGAAGAUGAAGUGGACACUAUGUCUCCCACUAUCCACACUGAAGCCGUAGAAUAUCGAAGACAAGGAGCAUCUUGUAGCCAGCCAGGAGAUCUGAGGGGAAGAAAAAUGGUGAAGCGAAUAGUGGAUAUCAGAGAGCUGAAUGAACAAGCCAAAGUCAUAGAUGAUCUUAAAAAAUUAGGUGCAAGUGAAGGAACCAUAAACCAAGAAAUUCAACGUUACCAACAGUUAGAAUCUGUUGCUGUGAAUGACAUUCGAAGAGAUGUUCGUAAAAAGUUACGGAGAUCUAGUAUGCGAGCUGCUUCCCUGAAGGAUAAGUGGGGCUUGGGUUACAAACCAAGUUACAACCGAUCGAAGACCGUUUCUGCUUCUGGAAGACCACCUCUUAAGCGAAUGGAAAGGGCAAGUUCUCGAGCAGGAGAGCCUGAGGAGCUCCCAGAAAUCCGUGUGGAUGCAGCGUCUCCUGGGCCCAGAGUAACGUUCAAUAUCCAAGACACAUCGAAAAAAACAGUAUGGGGAAGCACACCGCAGUCCAGCUCUCCUGGGGAAGGGUAUUUUCAGUUUCCGGAGGAGACAGAACUGGACCUUUUGUCAGUUGCCAUCGAUGGUCCCUCCCAUUACUCAUCCCCCAGCGAAGGGUCGCAUUCCGUGUUCAGCUCUCCCAAAACUCCAGGCUUUUCUCCAGGCGUCACUUUCCAACCUGAAGAUGGCCGACGGGAUGACAGUUUGUCUUCCACGAGUGAAGAUUCUGAGAAGGACGAAAAGGACGAAGAGCACGAGAGGGAAAGGUUUUAUAUUUACAGGAAACCCUCACAUACGUCUCGUAAAAAAGCCACAGGCUUUGCUGCUGUUCACCAGCUAUUUACAGAGCGCUGGCCCUCAGCUCCUGUGAACCGGAGCCUCAGCGGCACAGCUACUGAGAGAAAUAUUGACUUUGAACUGGACAUACGGGUUGAAAUUGAUAGUGGAAAAUGUGUGCUUCACCCAACCACACUCCUACAAGAACAUGAUGAUAUAAGCUUGAGAAGGAGUUAUGAUAGAAGUUCCAGGAGUUUAGAUCAAGAUUCACCUUCAAAAAAGAAGUUUCAAACUAAUUAUGCUUCUACCACCCAUUUAAUGACUGGCAAGAAAGUGCCAUCGUCGUUGCAGACAAAGCCAAGUGACUUGGAAACAACAGUCUUUUAUAUCCCUGGAGUCGAUGUAAAGUUGCAUUACAAUUCCAAGACACUAAAGACUGAAUCACCUAACGCCUCCCGAGGGUCUUCCUUGCCAAGAACACUGUCUAAAGAGUCCAAGCUGUCUGCCAAAGGAAAAGGAAGUGGAGGAAUCAAAACAGCCAAGUUAUAUGCCUGGGUAGCGCUUCAGUCACUGCCAGAGGAAAUGGUGAUCAGUCCCUGCCUGUUAGACUUUCUGGAAAAGGCUCUGGAAACUAUCCCAAUCACACCGAUUGAGAGGAAUUACACAACUGUCAGCUCCCAAGAUGAAGACAUGGGGCAUUUUGAGAUUCCAGACCCUAUGGAAGAGUCAACAACAUCGUUAGUGUCGUCCUCCACGUCUGCUUACUCUUCCUUCCCAGUGGAUGUCGUGGUCUACGUGCGUGUACAGCCCUCACAGAUCAAGUUCAGCUGUUUACCAGUGUCAAGAGUAGAAUGCAUGCUGAAGCUGCCAUCCCUGGACCUGGUGUUCUCUUCAAACCGGGGGGAACUGGAGACUUUAGGGACCUCGUGUCCUGCCGAGACUUCAUCCCCUGGAGGUAAUGUCACUCAGAGUGGAGCAAAGACCUCUGCAGGCAAGACAGGAACCCCAGGUUCGUCAGGAUUGGGCAGCCCUCUUGGCAGAAGUCGGCACAGCAGCAGUCAGUCAGAUCUGACCACUUCUAGCAGCAGUUCCUCUGGGCUGAGCUUCACUGCCUGCAUGUCUGACUUCUCCCUCUACGUGUUUCACCCUUAUGGAGCUGGAAAACAGAAGACUGCUGUUUCUGGCCUCACAUCUGGGUCAGGAGGCUUAGGGAAUGUGGAUGAAGACCCCACUUCAGUCACUGGUCGAAAAGACUCACUGAGUAUAAACCUUGAGUUUGUAAAAGUGAGUUUGUCUCGGAUAAGGCGUUCAGGAGGUGCCUCGUUCUUUGAAAGUCAGUCUGUAAACAAGUCUGCAAGCAAAAUGGACACCACACUAAUAAAUAUAUCUGCUGUUUGUGACAUAGGUUCUGCUUCCUUUAAAUAUGAUAUGCGCCGGCUCAGUGAAAUUCUGGCAUUUCCAAGAGCGUGGUAUAGGAGAAGUAUCGCAAGACGACUCUUUCUUGGAGACCAAACUAUAAAUUUGCCAACAUCUGGCCCAGGGACACCUGAUUCCAUCGAAGGGGUGAGCCAACAUCUUUCUCCGGAAUCAUCGAGGAAAGCUUACUGCAGGACCUGGGAGCAGCCAAGUCAGUCAGCCUCCUUCACCCACAUGCCUCAGUCACCCAACGUGUUCACUGAGCACAUGACAAACAGCACCAUGUCACCAGGGACAGCUGCACAGAGCCUGAAGUCCCCGGCUUCCAUAAGAUCCAGGAGUGUAUCAGAUUCUUCAGUUCCUCGAAGAGAUUCACUUUCAAAAACAUCAACUCCUUUUAACAAAUCAAACAAAGCAGCAAGUCAGCAAGGGACCCCGUGGGAAACGCUUGUUGUGUUUGCUAUCAACUUGAAGCAAUUAAACGUCCAAAUGAAUAUGAGUAAUGUAAUGGGAAAUACAACUUGGACAACAAGUGGUUUGAAGAGCCAGGGCCGCCUGUCAGUAGGAAGUAACCGCGACAGAGAGAUCAGCAUGUCUGUUGGGCUUGGAAGAUCCCAAUUAGACUCUAAGGGAGGGGUCGUUGGAGGGACCAUUGAUGUCAAUGCCCUGGAGAUGGUUGCUCAUAUUUCUGAACACCCGAAUCAGCAGCCCAGUCACAAAAUUCAAAUCACGAUGGGCUCCACUGAGGCCCGGGUGGACUACAUGGGCUCCAGCAUCCUCAUGGGCAUCUUCAGCAACGCUGACCUCAAGCUGCAGGACGAGUGGAAGGUGAAUCUGUGCAGUGCCCUGGAUUCGAGCAUAAGUGAUAAAAGUGAAAUUUUUGUCCAUGGAGAUUUGAAGUGGGAUAUUUUCCAAGUAAUGAUAUCAAGAUCAACCACACCAGACCUGAUAAAAAUAGGAAUGAAGCUCCAGGAAUUUUUCACACAACAGUUUGACACCAGCAAACGAGCUCUGUCUACCUGGGGACCAGUUCCUUAUCUUCCACCUAAGACAGUGACGAAUAACCUAGAGAAAAGUUCACAAGAGCAGUUGCUGGAUGCCGCACACCAUCGACACUGGCCUGGAGUACUGAAGGUGGUGUCAGGAUGCCACAUAUCCUUAUUCCAGAUUCCGUUACCAGAAGAUGGAAUGCAGUUUGGAGGAUCGAUGAGCUUACAUGGAAAUCACAUGACACUAGCUUGUUUCCAUGGUCCAAAUUUCCGUUCAAAAUCCUGGGCCCUUUUUCACUUAGAAGAACCAAACAUUGCUUUUUGGACCGAAGCUCAGAAGAUCUGGGAGGAUGGCUCUAGUGAUCAUUCUACAUAUAUUGUACAAACAUUGGAUUUUCAUCUGGGCCAUAAUACCAUGGUUACCAAACCGUGUGGUGCUUUGGAAAGUCCUAUGGCAACAAUAACCAAGAUAACAAGGCGUCGCCAUGAAAACCCACCCCAUGGAGUAGCGAGUGUGAAAGAAUGGUUCCAUUAUGUUACAGCCACAAGAAAUGAAGAGCUAAACCUACUUCGUAAUGUUGAUGCUAAUAACACCGAGAAUAGCACUACGGUGAAGAAUUCCAGUUUGCUGAGUGGAUUCAGAGGAGGUUCUAGCUACAAUCAUGAAACAGAGACUAUCUUUGCAUUACCAAGGAUGCAGCUUGACUUUAAAUCCAUUCAUGUUCAAGAACCACAAGAACCUUCAUUACAGGAUGCCAGCCUGAAGCCGAAGGUAGAAUGUAGUGUGGUGACAGAGUUCACUGACCACAUUUGUGUGACUAUGGAUGCUGAGCUCAUCAUGUUUCUCCAUGAUUUAGUGUCGGCUUAUCUUAAAGAGAAAGAAAAAGCCAUUUUUCCACCUCGGAUUUUAUCUACUCGACCAGGACAGAAAAGUCCAAUCGUUAUACAUGAUGACAGCUCCUCUGACAAAGACAGAGAAGACAGCAUCACUUACACCACUGUGGAUUGGAGAGAUUUUAUGUGCAACACGUGGCAUCUAGAGCCUACUCUUAGAUUAAUUUCUUGGACUGGAAGAAAGAUUGAUCCAGUAGGCGUUGAUUAUAUUCUUCAAAAAUUGGGCUUUCAUCAUGCCAGGACUACUAUUCCUAAAUGGCUUCAAAGAGGAGUCAUGGACCCACUGGACAAGGUUCUGUCAGUUCUUAUCAAAAAACUCGGUACUGCACUACAGGAUGAGAAGGAGAAGAAAGGAAAAGACAAAGAAGAACACUAAAAAGUAACUUGAUCUGUGAACAAAUUAUGACUUUGUGUCCGUUAAGUUUUAUUACACUGGAGUGGUUUUUUGUAUAUUAAAAUUAUUUUAAAUGUAACUUUAAAAUAAUUCUAAUUUUGUUCUAGUUCCACCAUUCUGUAUACAGUGAAGUAUAUUGCAUGAUAAUGUAAAUUUUGUGAAAAACUAGAUUAAAAUAUAUACAUCUACUCAGUAGGAUUUAUAAUUGUUAUGUGCAAUAUGAUUCCUGCAUCUUAAAAUAUUUUCAGAAUAACUGUGAAUUGCCUUUAUUGGCCAUACUUUUUGAAAGAAACUUGUUCAUAAUGUGAUUUUUUGGGUCAUUAAUUGUUUUUUCUUUUUUUAAAUGUAGACUUGUAUAAAUACCUAUUUGUAUAUAGUUUGAGUACUUGUGAUAUGAUUAAAUACCACUAAAAUAUUGUUUGUAACUAUUAUAAUAAAGUCACAAUAAUUGGUUUCAAUCUA